UGCAGGGGCGCCUUUAGUAUGGGAAGGAGAACAUCGAUACAGAAACACGUCUCACCAGCCUUCAUUUCAGAGGUCCAUUAAGAGGACCUUAAGCCAGCCUUGUGCCACAGAGAGUGGUGGUGGUGGCGGCGGCGGCGUUACGUCGCUCAGCUAAUCGCCCCCUCGUACUUUGAACUUGGUCGUCACAGAACAGCAGCAAAGGUGACCUUGAAUGCAGACCGAGCACGGAGUCCUGGGUGACAAAAGUGAAAAAGGAACGACAUCGACGUUUAGGAAGUCUUCUGUUGCCCUUGAUUUUUGCCUUUUGAGAAGAACAGAGCAUCUCAGGAGAAUAAAAUGGAAGGUGGAUCCAGUGAUCGGGUAGAAAAAUACCCGCUACAACAAAUAAGGGGAGUGUCAAUGCUGUCAUUUGUGGUGGAGAACUGGCACCGCAUAGAAGGUUUUAAAGCCUUUCCUGGGGACGUGCUCAUUGCUACCUACCCCAAAGCAGGUACUACUUGGGUUCAGGAGAUUGUUGACCUGAUAGUAAAUGAAGGAGACAAAGAGAAAUGCCAGCGUGCCCCCAUCUAUGUACGCAUACCCUUCAUAGAGAUGUUUCCACCACCUCCUUUUAAGUCAGGUAUAGAUCUCCUGGAAAAGAUGUCCCCUCCGCGGGUCAUCAAGACUCAUUUACCUAUCCAGUUCAUCAAUCAGUCCUUUUGGGACAACAACUGCAAGGUGAUCUACGUUGCCCGCAAUGCCAAAGACUCUGUAGUCUCAUAUUAUCACUUUGACAGGAUGAACAAGUACGAGCCAGAGCCUGGCCCCUGGAAUGAAUACAUUCACAAGUUCAUGCAAGGAGAAGUUCCUUUUGGUUCCUGGUAUGACCAUGUGAAAGGAUUUUGGGAGGAAAAGAACAAAAGGAAUGUUCUGUAUCUGUUUUAUGAAGAUUUAAAAGAGAACUUGCGCAAUGAAGUCAUCAAAAUAGUGAAAUUCAUGGACCGAUCUCUGUCGGAAGACAUCAUCAACCGCAUUGUGGAGCUUACAACUUUCUCAAAUAUGAAAGACAAUCCAAUGGCCAACUACACUACUAUCCCUGACUCUGUAUUUGACUAUUCUAAAUCCACUUUCAUGAGAAAAGGUCAAGUGGGAGACUGGAAAAACCACUUUAGUGCCGAAGAAGCUGCCCUCUUUGACAAGCAUUAUGAGGAGAAAAUGGCUGACUGCAACAUCCCAUUCCGAUGUGAUCCCACUGAACAUUGACAAACCCACUUACUAUAAAUAACGGGGCAACUCAGGGCUGCAAGCUGAUUGGCUAGACUGUGACAAGCCUGCCAAUUCAAGCUGUCUGAGAAACUGAGGGCUUUGUGAGUGGAAAAUAUUAAAGGGUCCAUCCCUCUGGUAAUGUAGACUUUAAUGUCCCAACAGUCCUUUUAAUUACAUUCUUUUAAAGUCUUACUAUUCUCCACUAUUAUUAGCAACGUUUACAGAAGCUAAAGACAACAAAAUUCUACCUCAAACUUUUCGCCAAGCAUUAAUUUUGUCUUAAAUAAUGAUUUACUACAAUGUGCAUUAUACAGAUCAAUCUCACUCCUGAAUAGUGAUGUUAAGAUACUCUCUAAAGUUCUAGCUAGAAGAAUUGAGAAAGUGCUUCCUUCUGUAAUAUCACAAGACCAAAAUGGGUUUAUUAAAGGCAGACACUUAGCUUCUUAUCAUUGAUGUUUGUUUAAUAUAAUAUAUUCACCCAUUAAAUCUAAUGCCCAAGGAUCUUUCUAUCUUUGAAUACAGAAAAAGCAUUUGAUUUGGUUGAAUGGGACUACCUAUUCAACACGUUGCACAAAUUUGUGUUCGGCCCUAACAUAUGUGCAUGGAUUAAACUACUCUAUAAUAGUCCAGAAGCCUCAGUUCAUAUUAACAUUAUUUCUGACUAUUUCAAACUAGAAUGUGGUACUCUACAAGGAUGUCCCCUAUCACCAUUGCUCUUUGCAAUAGCCAUUGAACCACUGGCUGUUUACUUUCAAAACGUGUCAGAAAUAAAGGGGAUUUUCAGAGAAGAAACAGAAAAUAUCAUUGUAUGCAGAUGAUAUGGUACUGUAUAUAUCUGACCCACAAAAAAUCCUGUGCCAGCAGUCCUAAAAGCACUAGCAGAUUUUCAAAAUACUGUAUACCUGAACUCAGAAUUAAUUUGAGUAAAAGUGUGCUUUUUCCAGUGAACUCUCUAGCACACAAUACUAGACUGGACACCUUUCCAUUAAUCUUAGGAGAUCAGUUUAAAUAUCUAGGGGUAAAUAUCAAAAGUAAAUACAAAAGCUCUUUUUAAACAAAAUUUUGCAGUCUACAUGGAAAAAAAUUAAACAAGAUGUGAACAAAUGGUCUGCACUCCAUCUCACAUUAGCAGGUAGAAUCAACACUGUUAAGGUGAACAUCCUUCCCAAGCUGCUACUUCUAUUUCAGACCAUUCCCAAAAACAUUAACACAUUUUUUUAAGAAAUUAGAUUCAAUCAUAACUUCAUGUAUUUGGAAUUCUAAACAUCCAAGCAUCCAAAAAGGCGACUCUACAAGGACCUAAAGCAGAAGGGGGCAUGGCACUACCUAACUUUCAAUUAUAUUACGGCAGCAAAUAUACAGGCCAUAAAGACCUGGACAUCAACACAAAUCUAUGAAUAUACACAAGCCUGGUCUUCAAUAGAAUUAAAAUCUUUCAGUACUUUUUUAUAUCUCCUGCUCUGUGCCCCAGUUACUACAAAUUAUCGUCAAUACACUAGUAAUCCAAUUGCCCUUCAUCCACUAAGAAUAUGGAACCAACAUAAGAAGCACUUUAAGACAGAUAAACUCUCAUCUGUCGCACUUCUACAUGACAACCACUCUUUUCCAUCCUCUCAAACAUAAUAUUUAAUGCUUGGAAAAUGUCUUGAAUUAAAACAAGUAUAGGGGCUAGCUCAUCCAUAAUGUUUUUACAACCUACGAGCAAUUAAGCUUUAAAUUUAACUUCAAUUAAAAAAAUCAACACAAUUUUUCUACUACUUCCAAGCUAGAAACUUUGCUAAACUGAACCUGCCCAAUUUUCCUCACCUUUCACCGAUUUCUAUUCCAGAAGAUCAGUCUUGAAGUUUCAGAUAACAGCUCAACUGUUUAUAAAAACAUUUUAAAAUCCCUUCCUUUCAAAGAUCCCAGUGUACAAUGAAUAAAGGAUCUUUUACUUAACAUUUCAGAAAAGGAGUGGAAGGCAGCCAUUCACAAAAUACACUCUAGUUCCAUAUACACAAAACACUCAGUUAUUCAACUUAGAAUCUUCUAUCAAGCGCAUUUCUCUUGAUUAAAACUAUCCAAAAGGUUUCCAGGGCAAGAUUUAACAUGUGAACGUUGCAAUCGAGCUCCAACCUCACUGGGCCAAAGGUUUUGGGCGUACACCAAAUGAACAUAGUUUUGGACAAAAAUCUUUGAAUGCCUAUCAGACGGCCUUGCUGUCAAAAUCAUUCCUAAUCCAUUAACAGUUUUGUUUGCUGGACUCCCAGACUGGCUUAAGGUGGAGAAGGACAAACAAACUGUAACUGCCUUUACCUCACUACUAGCACUUAGGCUUGUCUUGCUCAACUGGAAGAAUCUCAACCCACCACCUUUAAGGCAGUGGGUAACUCAUGUCAUAUACUAUCUGAAAUUGGAAAUAAUCAAAUUCUCACUUAGAGGAUCUGUUCAAAACCUUUUUUUAAAAAAAAUAUGGCAGGAUCUAAUCAAUACCAUUUUAGAAUAAGCUUCUAUAUCGGGGAAAAGGAUAUUCUUCCAUCCUUGCUGCUUCAAAGAUUUUCUUGGUUGGCUGGCUCUGCUCUCUUUCUUUUGGGUGAGGGUUGAAUUUUUGUUUUGUUAAGUUUUUGAUUUGAUUGUAUGGACUGUUAUUUGCUUUUAAUUAAAAUUAAUUUAAAAAAAAAAA